AUGGAGAAUAUUAGGGCUUCGUCUUCAACAGAUGUUAAAAAGGCCAUAACUGAAGAGCUUCUCAAAGGGAGAGACCUGAGCAAGCAGCUACUCCAACUUGUUCUUCAUCGUCAUCAUGAUCAGUCCAAUGAUGUUGGAUCAGAUGAAGGUUCCCUAUUAUGGAUUUCAUUUGCCCAAGAUCUUGUCAACAACAUUCUGACUUCAUUCUCAAACACCCUCCUUCUCUUCCACUCCUUUGAGAUCCCUAUCGAUGCCUCUGCUAAAUCUGAUCAGGAUCGCCAUGAUUUGGAUGAUCAUGCUGUCAAGCGUUUCAACACAAGAAACGGAAGAGGCUGUCAUCCGAGGAAGAGAGCAAUGAAAAUGUGGGAGAAGAAAUCUCCAAUUCUAGUGGACGAUGGCUACGCAUGGAGGAAGUACGGACAAAAGAGGACAAUGAAUGCUGAAUACCUAAGGAACUACUACAGAUGUAGUCACAAGCACGACCAGGGAUGUCCAGCAAUGAAACAAGUUCAGAGAAUACGAGAGAGGCCUCCCUUAUACCGAACCACCUAUUUUGGAAUUCAUACUUGCAAAACCCAUCAAUUACUUUCUCAGAAUAUUCCUUUGGAAUAUGCCUCUUCUGGUAAUCUUUCUGAAUCGUCCUUGUUGCUUAGUUUCAAUGAUACCUCUCUUCCAGCAGGGAAACAAGAUCACUCCUAUUUCUCAUCCACCAAGAAGGAGCUGCAACAGAUUUCUUCCAUUGAUGUGAAGCAAAACCCAGAGUCCCAACAUGAACAUGUCGCUGCUGUGUUAUCCCCAAACUUGGAUCAGUUUUCUCUUGUCAAGGUUCAACCUAUUGAAGUGGAUGAUGUUGUUUUGAAAUCUCCUGAAUUCGAUGAGUCUGUACAUAUCGGUCCGGGAUUUGGUUUUAUUACGGAGUCGAGGGCAAUAAAUCAUCGAGGCUUCUUCUUGGAUAAUUAGUAUACUUCAAUUCGCAUUGUAAAACAUUAUUAUUUAGAGUCAAAAUCUGGUUUGGUUUCAAAAUAAGAGAGAUUUGGC